UGCAAGGGCGCGUGCGCAAUAACAUCUGGAAAGCUCGGCUUGCUCUUUCGGUCCUUGUCGGCCGUAACCGCGAUCCUCUGUUCCGACGGUGUCGCCUACCCCGAGCUCAGUGAGCCGAUGUGUGAGCGCCGCGACGCCCAGAGCAGCCUCAACGUUAAGCGUCGCCGACGUGGAUUUGACGAGAGGCCACGUUUUCUUUCUCGCCCUUGUCGUCGUCGUCAUUGUUGUCGUCAUUUUCGUCAUUCGUCUUUUUAGUUAUCUUUUUUUGAUUAGCUAUUGUGGUGGCGCACGCGGCUACACAUCGCCGAUCGGUUUGGUGCGCGACGAAAGGGAGACAGAGAAAAAGACAGAGACAGAAACGUGUACAGUAUAUCUUCCUCUUUUUCUCUCUUCUCCUUUUAUCGGUCUCUUUCUUUCUCUCAAUUUUCUCUGCCCUGAGUAUUUCUAUCUUUUUCUAUCUUGACAAUUGUAUUCAUUCGCUCGACAUCAUCGUCUCUUGCUGUCAUUGCUGUCUUUUUCAUCGGUGGUUCACGUGUCCCGCGAAUGCGUUGCAAAACGCAUCUUCUCUCUCUGAUUUCCACCGGCUUCUCGUUGUUUGAGGAACGUAUGGCUACAAAAAGGAAAGGGGAUGACCGCGACCGAGGACACGAUCAACGAUGAACCAUCGACCAGCAAGAAGAAAAAUGACAUAAACAUAAAGGUUUUUAAAUUUUUUAGGUAUUCUUUAGUCCAUUAAAAUCUUCUGCUGCGUUAACAAUAAUGUAAAACUGCAGCCAAAAAUUACGAUACUUUGUACGUGGGAGUGAAAAUGCACGGCAAAGAACGCGCAUACAUCGAUCAAUUUUUCAUCGCUUAUUUUCUACAUCCAUGCAAAUAUUCGCGGCAGUGAACCAGUUUGUGAUAAACAUUGCCACGAAGGAAAUUUAAAAUCAUAUUUUUGUGUGAAUCGCAUGUGUUGUCGUAUACGGGACUAAAACAUAAACAAUGAAAGUUUGAUAAAAUAAAUUCCGUGCAUACAAGAGAAUUGAUUGCUGGACGACAUCUAUAUGAAAUUGGAGUACGGAAAUACAUGCAGCUCGUGAACUUCCAGGAUGAACGCUACGACUUACACGAGCAGCACGUUGGCUGGAAUUAUGGGGCUCGAGUCAAGGAUGGAUAAGGCGGGGAGCGUGGACAGCGACCUUGAUAUUUCCCCGGUCACACUGUCCUCCGCGUGGUCCAGGGUGGCGAGGCUCCUCUUGUUGGCGUCGAUGGCUGUCGGUGGCAGCGUUGGCAACGUCUUCAUGAUCUCCGCCGUGGUGGUCGAGGAUCAACUUAAGAAACGAGGGAACGCGUUUCUAGUGAACGUCGCGUUGGCGGAUCUACUAGUGACAGGGCUCGUGAUACCUGUGUCGGUGAUCGUGAUCCUGGCGGGUCAUGAAGAGUCGUUGAGCACAUGCCGAUUCGAAUGCACUCUGGAGGCCCUCUGCUUUCUGGUUACCGUACUAACGUUAACCACCAUUGCCGCGGAGAAUUACACUCGUUUGUGUCUGCCUCACGAAAGAUACGACGUGCUGACCCCAAGCCGCGUCACAGCGACGAUCAUCAGCGUUUGGCUGAUAUCCGCCAUGACAGUUGUGUUGCAAUCAUCCCUGGACGUAGGUCCCGACUUCUGCCGGCGACGUUUCACCGGUAUAGCAAUGGAGCAGAUAAUAGGCGCCACGUUCCUAGUAGGGCUGCCAACAUUGACGACCAUAUUCCUCUACGUGAAGCUCGUGAUCCGCGUCCGCCACGCCACAAGGGGCUCGUACAAGCCACCUAUCGCAUUCUCCUGGGACUACGAGCUAGCCAAGGCCAACAUAUACAGUUGCGUCAUGUUCGUCGUGUUCUGGCUGCCUUUCGGCAUAGUCGUGUGCCUCAACUCGUUCAAACCGAUAAGCCCACGUGUCCUGUACAACCUGGCCUGGUUCGCCCUCUCCAAAUCCUGUUUCAACAAUCUGAUCUACUGCGUGGCGGACAGGCACUUCAGAAGCGCGUACGUCAAGCUUUUCCAUUAUUGCUGCUGCAAAACAACGGUGAGUUUUUCGAGGAGGACGCGUGGGGAGGGGGGCCGGAACACUAGCGACGUGCGCCUCAGAGUUCACAUUAUACACUCGUACGCGAGUCCUGGCUCUUGUCGGCCACCUGUCGGCAGGCCUAACGGGCGUGACGUUUACGAGCUUUGAAUUCGACGAAAUCACGAUGUGUUUGAGACAUGGAUGUAUCUUAAAAGGUAUCAACGAUCGCCGUCCAGUAGAGAGAUUGAUUAUAUUUCGGUUUGUCGUGUCGACGAGAUAUUCCCGUGAUCGGCUAGGUUGUUCUUCGGUGUUGUAAUUGAGAUUCGAAUUUAUUUAUUUAUUUUAUCUUUAGGAUGCGUUGAGGAUUGAAGGGUUCAUAGGGAAGACUAUUCUUAUGAUGCUUUUUGGCAUGCAGAAUGUUGAUUCUUGAAAUACUUUGAAACAAUAUUCUUUAGUUGCAUAUUGGUUGAAACUUAUUUGUUUAAUUGUUAUGAACACUUUUAAUUCGCAUGAAAGAAAGCUUUGUCCAAUGAAAACUUUAAUUGCUUGUAAUCAAUAAAUUUCAAGUUUGCAUAUAUAAUUAUUUUCCUAGACAAUUCUGGAUUAACUUUAGCUUUAUUCAGAAUAUAGUUUUGAUUUUUUUUAUAUCAAGUAGAUAGAGUGAGUCAAGAAUUCUUUAAAGGAAGAGUCAAGCAUUCUUAUUGAAUAUUUUGUUAAGGGAAAAAAUUGGAGAUUCCAGAAUACUUUUUUGGAAAAAGAACAAAAUUUUUAAGGAUAGUUUUUAUUAUAACCCUUUAAUUUUCGAAGAUAGGAAAAAUCAAAGAAAUUUUAAUACAGGAGAACCUUUAUUAUCUGAAGUAUAACAAGAUAUCAUUGGAAAAAUAGUUUAUUAUUUAUGUUCGUUAUAUUUUCACUGCUUCAAAGCUACAUCUUAUUCUGUUAUAUAGACAAAAUUAAAUUCUUACCAAAUUAUGUACAUACAUAAAUGUCAUGAUUAACAUUGUAGAUAUGAUAUUCUCGUUUUAAAUAGCACACUGAUUUAAUUAAAUGUUCAGACAUUCGGAUAACAGACGUUCUACUGUAUCAUUCCAUUCUCUUAUGUUCCUCUAAUCUUCGAUUAAUUGACAUAUUAAUAUGUCUUUUAUAAUUGUUAAUUAAUAUUCAUUUAAGAAUACAUAGAGUACGGUCAGCAGUAAAUCUUCAUUGCAAUGGCAAGAAGAUUAUGACCAUAUUCUAUAUUUCUCGAUAAAUCCUUUUAAUUUUUAUUAUAAAUAUUAAAAAAGAAUGAAAAAGAAUAACAAAAUAAUAAUACUACUCAUUAUUUUGGUACUACUAACAAAGU